AUGGGGACACAAAAGCUGGCACUGGCGGCGCAUCUUCUCCUUCAGCUCUCCACGAGCCGCUGUGCGCCUCUCCGCAACGACCGCAAUGGCAAGCCCAUCGGCGACAACGUGCUCACGCGGACCCUUGCUCUCGAGAUGCAGUUGAAGAACCAAGAGACGCAGUCGAAGGCCCAGGAGGCUGAACGCCUGAAGCAGGCCGCUAAGGUUCUGGAGUUGGAGGAUCGGCUCAAAGUGGCCGAGCGAGGCCCGUCUGGGCUCCCGCUGGGCAUCUUCGGGGGGCACUAUGGAGGGUGCGCCUGCGCCACGGAGGCACUCCGGGCGGCGUAUGCAAUGGAGAUGCGCUCCAGCGAGGGUCGCGUCCUCGAGACUGCCGAUGCGUUCCUGGACGACAAGGCCGAUCGACUCUGGAGGACACGGUCGGCGGCGCUUCGCGAACUGGCACAGAAGGUUCGAGACGGCACGGAUCUUGUGCUCCUAUGCGCGGGUAGGAUUGAGUCCUGUCACGGCGAUCUGCUGAGGAAGGGGAUCCUAGCCGAAGCUGCGCAGCUCGAGGCCACCAGCAAGAGGAAGCCGCGCUCCGACAAGGGCAAGCCGAGGGGUCCUCGGGGGCCCAGGGCCGACUCGCCCGAGGCUGCAUGA